AUGGCGCAGCUUCGAACACCCACCGUAGCCUCUAUCGCAGAGGCCGAUGAAUUCGUUAUCAAUCAUUCAGUCGCACUGCAGCAUAACGCCGUCGUGAACCUCAACCCAUUCGAAAUCCGUCUCUGGGAUCAGUCCCUCCCGUACCGUCGCCUCUUGCUCCUCAAGAGCCUUUACCGGCAUCACGCUGCGGUCGACCAGCGCUUUGACGAACGCCGUGACAUCCACCUGCGCGCUCUUGAUUCGAAUACCGUCCCCUCACGCGUUCAUCUCGUCGCGUUUUGGCGAGCAUUUGCGUUUCUUGAUCACGCCAACGCCAACUGCUUCGGAAGCGGGCACGUACGGCGGUUCCUCGACCUUGGUUGUGCUCCGGGCGGGUUCUCGCAGUGGUUACUCCAGCACAAUCGAGACGUGUACGGAGUGGGGGUCACUCUGCCUGUCGAAGAAGCGGGUAUUCCUUUGCAGAUUGAUUCCGCAUUUCUCGCCAACUUUCGAGUCUGCUAUGACGACCUCAUCAGACUCGCGACAGCGUCCAUGGAGUCCGGCGUUCCCGUGCAGAUACAUUUGCCCGAUGACCACCACGAACCUUACGACCUCGUCAUCGCCGGCGCCUAUCUAGUCUUACAAAGACAAAAGCCGUGGUGGCAACGGAUGCAAAUGGUCCUUUCCCAGACUCUCAUAAUCAUUUCCAACAUCGCUGCGGACGGAACCGCCGUUGUGUCAAUUUCCACGAAACUAUUUCUCUGGAUAGUGGACUUAAUCGGCAUGCUGCGACAGUGCUUCAAGACGGUCACAGCUCACAAGACAGGCAGGCUACAUGCAGUCCGGACGUCGUGCUAUCUCAUCUGCAGAGGCUUCCGUGCCACUCCAGAGGAGGUAGAAUGGUUCACCGCGAGAUUGCACAGCGCCCUCCGGUACUUGGUUGUGGUAUCCGCUGAAUGGUAUAUUGACGAAGACGGCAUCUGGCAUUGCGAUAGAAAGUCCGAGGAUCUGCCACUCCUGUCUGGAGAGUCGGCUGAUACUGUUUUCGACACGCAGCAUCGCUUCGUACUAGAGCUGUUCGAACCUCUGUGGAACAUGCAGUACGAUGCCAUCCGAGUAGACUUCGCGAAGAUACUCAUUGAGGAACACGGCGGUACGUGCUGCAAUACGUACAAUAAAGUGCUGGUAUCCCAAACCAAUCACCCGACGAUGAUGGUAACGGUGCAGCAGCGAUCGUAA